AUGGAUCAGAACAGCAUUGAGAGAGAGGAAGAGAAGGCACCGAGUAUCGGAGAGAAGACCGAUACCUCUAGUACCAAUGACAUUCAACCACCGCUUUCUCAACCAGGACCAAACGUCUCAAAAACCAAUUCACGGCACUCUAACGCCCUCUCUCGUGUCGCAAGCCGGCUCAGCACGCGCUCGCUCAAAGAUCCUGGCCCACCUCCCGAUGGCGGGGUUGUUGCAUGGACCCAGGUGCUUUGCGCCUGGUUCGCCAUUCUCAACACCUGGGGGUUCGUAAACUCAUUCGGCGCUUUCCUACCCUACUAUCGGACAAUUUUGCCCCAGCCAGCAUCGGCAAUCUCCUGGAUCGGAUCCAUUCAAGCAUGGCUGUUGUUUGCGCUUGGUAUGUUUAGUGGUAGAGCCCUAGAUCGCGGGUGGUUCAGGCCGAUCGUGGCGGUAGGCAUUGCCUUCCAGCUCCUAGGUAUUUUCACGCUGAGUGCCGCAAAGUCGUAUUGGCAACUACUCCUGACUCAAGGGCUAUGCACCGGCAUUGGGGGUGGCAUCUUCUUUGUUCCAAUCAUGGGGCUUUGCGCGACAUAUUUCUCUGCGCACAGAGGUAUGGCUAUCGGUAUCGUAACGACUGGUAACUCCGCUGGAGGUGUCAUCUACCCUCUUGUUGUACGUCAACUGCUUCCCAAAAUUGGUUUUGGGUGGACGGUCAGAGUGCUCGGGUUCAUCAACGUAGCAAGUCUCGCCAUUGUAAUUGCAUUCAUGAAACCACGAUUGCCGCCCAGAAAAUCCGGUCCGCUGAUCGACUGGGAGGCGUUGAAAGAUAAGCCAUACGUCUUACAUGUCCUAGGGAUGUGCUUCAUUAUACCCGGAAUAUAUAUCGUAUACUACUAUAUUGCGUCUUUCGCCCGCGACACCCUCUCCAUGCCCUACACCACUUCCCUAAACCUCGUCAUCAUCGUCAACGGCGUCGGAAUCCCCGCACGAGUCCUCCCAGGCUUCAUCGCAGACCGAUACAUUGGCGUUCUCAACACGAUGACCAUCUGCCUCCUCGCCAACAUCUUCAUCCUCUUCUCCUGGCUCGCCGUGGACUCCAUACCCGCAGUGUACAUCUGGACGGUCUUCUACGGCGUAUUUAGCGCUGCUUUCCAGAGCUUGUUCCCUACCUCGAUCGCAGAGUAUAGUUCUGAUAUUGCGAAGACGGGGACGAGAUUGGGUAUGGGGCUUAGCGUUAUUGGAUUUUCAGCCCUGGUGGCUGGGCCGCUUGGGGGUGCGCUGUUGCAGGCUGCGCAUGGGAAUUAUACAGUGCCGAUUGCGUGGGCAGGUGCGAGUACGCUUGUUGGCACCAUUUUAUGUGUUUGUGCGCGGUGUAUGAAGUUUGGGUGGGGAGUGCGGAUAAGAUGUUAG